UGUUUUGAAGGGUGAAUCAUUUUCUUUCUCGAGUUGGUUGUUUUUAUGGUUUUCAUUGAGCCUCUCGCGUAGGCAGGCGAUAGAGAUCAAGCUGUUCCUUUUUCGAAUAUCGUGUGAAUCCUUGAGAAGGCUGUGUGACUUGUUCAAAAAGCGGGCGAGCAGAUGGAGGGAAUUUCGAGAGCUCUGUGAAGAAACAAGUUUAUUUUUGAGGAAAAACACCUGGGCCUGAUGGAUGAGAGUUCUGAACUUUCUCAAACGGACAAAGAAGAUGGCAGGAAAACAUACAUGCAGUUAUGGCGAAGGAGACUGACGGAAACAUACGAGCAGGGCAGCUGCGAGGAAUGCUGCAGUGUCCUUCGUCACUCAUUGGCUGUAAUGUUGACAGGGGUCACGUGGCAAGUCAGUAUAGUCGUCCUGGUCUUGAUUGAAGUGAUCAUCAACCUCGUCCUCAUGCUGAUGGAAUUUAAUGUUAUCAAAGACGAAACUCACGUGUCCCGAUAUCUGCUUCAUUUUGUUGGCUUGUCCAUCCUCGCCAUCUUCGUGUUUGAGGUUUUUCUCAAGUUUUAUGCAAUGGGAUGCGAGUACUUUAUGAUAGAGAAACUGGAGUUAUUUGAUGCAUUUAUCGUGGUAUCGGCGUUUGUAAUCGAAAUAGUGUUAAGCGUCAUCCGUGCAAAGAAGGCAUGGAAAGGCUUUGCUUUCAUCAUAGUUCUUCGGUUGUGGAGAGUUUUAAGGGUCAUUGUCAUGGUAUUCACCUUCAAAGAGGAAUUGUAUGAGUUGAUUGAAGAUGACGUCGACGCUCCCAAACAAGAAAUCAAAGACGAGGAAAACAAAGAGGCUGGGAAAAGUAAAGAUGAACCAAAACACUGAGGAGUUACAAUUGAAUUCAAACGGAAAAAAAGUUGAAAAUAUAAGUGAAAUAAACUUUCGCACUGCUACCGAUUA